UAUUCACCACUUUAAGUCACCAAGUCCAUCCUACCUCCACAAGGCAAAUACCCUUUCUCUGCUACCAUCCACUGAAGAACCCCAGAAGCAAAUGUGUACUGACCCUGCCCUGCUUAAAAUUCUCUCAGGGAUCUGAUUUGCGUCAGGAUAAAAUCCAAACGCCAUUGGCCUUGCGCGGUUUUCUUCCAGUUCCUGAGUGCCAGUCUUCUGGCCGAUCUGAAAGCCCUGGGGCUCCAAGUUGCCCACGGCUGUAGAGCCUAGGCUUGAGCCCACAGCGGACGGCAGUGUUAGGAUUAUUACAAUAAAUGUCAAAGCAAGAAAAACGUUCCGGCCAGUUAGGUUUUGUUAUUUCAAAAGCAACAAAAUAAGUGAACCGCCUUUCCUCCGGCGGAGACACGCAGGCGACAAGGGCGGCGCCUGACCUAGCAGGCUCUAGGUGUUACGCCAGGGCCCCAAGGCGUCCAAAUUCGGCUUGCCCACACAAAACAUGGCGGCAGGAGAGCAGCGUUUCCGCCGGGCAUGUCCACAUCCAACGGGGCCCAUGGGAGAGGCGUAGUCUUCUGUGUCUUGCCCAGACUCAACAUGGCGGCUACAAGGCGCCUGAACUAGUCUGCGAAGCCUACCCCAGGCGUGGGCCGCAGCGUCGACUAACGUCAUUCGAACCGCGUCGCACCCCUUUGUGCGUCACGGGUGGCGGGCGCGGGAAGGGGAUUUGGAUUGUUGCGCCUCUGCUCUGGAGAAAGUGCUGUCUGGCUCCAACUCCAGUUCCUGUCCUUGACCAGCGCCUGCAACCUAACCCUUCCUACUCUGUCACCUUCUUGAUCCCGCCGGCGCUUUAGAGCCGCAGUCCAGUCUCCGAUCCUUCAGAGCCUCAUCCACUAGCUGCGAUGCAUGUGAUCAAGCGAGAUUAUUUCCGUAUCCCUCCCUUCCUCCCCUCUUCUUUCCUUCCUUCCUUCCUUCCUUCCUUCCUAUUCCAUUCACAGCCUGCUAUAUUAUUUUACAACUCUGUGUGUGGAUACUGUGCUGUGUACUGGGAUUCCUGUGAUGAGUAGGCAGACAUGGUUCCAGCUUCCAAAGAUCCUACAAUCAAUUGAGAAAGAUAGACAAAUAAAGAAGUAAUAUGAUAAGAAAUGAUAAAUACUCUGAGAGAUGGCCGCCAAGAGCGAGUCAUGUUUGACAAAAUUACAUCUCGAAUCCAGAAGCUUUGUUAUGGACUCAAUAUGGAUUUUGUUGAUCCUGCUCAGAUCACCAUGAAAGUAAUCCAAGGCUUGUACAGUGGGGUCACCACAGUGGAACUAGAUACUUUGGCUGCUGAAACAGCUGCAACCUUGACUACUAAGCACCCUGACUAUGCUAUCCUGGCAGCCAGGAUUGCUGUCUCUAACUUACACAAAGAAACAAAGAAAGUGUUCAGUGAUGUGAUGGAAGACCUCUAUAACUACAUAAAUCCACAUAAUGGCAAACACUCUCCUAUGGUGGCCAAGUCAACAUUGGAUAUUGUUUUGGCUAAUAAAGAUCGCCUGAAUUCUGCCAUUAUCUAUGACCGAGAUUUCUCUUACAAUUACUUUGGCUUUAAGACGCUAGAGCGGUCUUAUUUGUUGAAGAUCAAUGGAAAAGUGGCUGAAAGACCACAACAUAUGUUGAUGAGAGUAUCUGUUGGGAUCCACAAAGAAGACAUUGAUGCAGCAAUUGAAACAUAUAAUCUUCUUUCUGAGAGGUGGUUUACUCAUGCUUCUCCCACUCUCUUCAAUGCUGGUACCAACCGCCCACAACUUUCUAGCUGUUUUCUUCUGAGUAUGAAAGAUGACAGCAUUGAAGGCAUUUAUGAUACUCUAAAGCAGUGUGCAUUGAUUUCUAAGUCUGCUGGAGGAAUUGGUGUUGCUGUGAGUUGUAUUCGGGCUACUGGCAGCUACAUUGCUGGGACUAACGGCAAUUCCAAUGGCCUUGUACCGAUGCUGAGAGUAUAUAACAACACAGCUCGAUAUGUGGAUCAAGGUGGGAACAAGCGUCCUGGGGCAUUUGCUAUUUACCUGGAGCCUUGGCAUUUAGACAUCUUUGAAUUCCUUGAUUUAAAGAAGAACACAGGAAAGGAAGAGCAGCGUGCCAGAGAUCUUUUCUUUGCUCUUUGGAUUCCGGAUCUCUUCAUGAAACGAGUAGAGACUAAUCAGGACUGGUCUUUGAUGUGUCCAAAUGAGUGUCCUGGUCUGGAUGAGGUUUGGGGAGAAGAAUUUGAGAAACUAUAUGAAAGUUAUGAGAAACAAGGUCGUGUCCGCAAAGUUGUAAAAGCUCAGCAGCUUUGGUAUGCCAUCAUUGAGUCUCAAACAGAAACAGGCACCCCGUAUAUGCUCUACAAAGAUUCUUGUAAUCGAAAGAGCAACCAGCAGAACCUGGGAACCAUCAAAUGCAGCAACCUGUGCACAGAAAUAGUGGAGUACACCAGCAAAGAUGAGGUUGCUGUUUGUAAUUUGGCUUCCCUGGCCCUGAAUAUGUAUGUCACAUCAGAACACACAUAUGACUUUAAGAAGUUGGCUGAAGUCACUAAAGUCGUUGUCCGAAACUUGAAUAAAAUUAUUGAUAUAAACUACUAUCCUGUACCAGAGGCAUGCCUAUCAAAUAAACGUCAUCGUCCCAUUGGAAUUGGGGUACAAGGUCUGGCAGAUGCUUUUAUCCUGAUGAGAUACCCUUUUGAGAGUGCAGAAGCCCAAUUACUAAAUAAGCAGAUCUUUGAAACUAUUUAUUAUGGCGCCCUGGAAGCCAGCUGUGACCUUGCCAAGGAGCAGGGCCCAUACGAAACCUAUGAGGGCUCUCCAGUUAGCAAAGGAAUUCUUCAGUAUGAUAUGUGGAAUGUUACUCCUACAGACCUAUGGGACUGGAACCUUCUCAAGGAGAACAUUGCAAAGUAUGGUAUAAGAAACAGUUUACUUAUUGCCCCGAUGCCUACAGCUUCCACUGCUCAGAUCCUGGGGAAUAAUGAGUCCAUUGAACCUUACACCAGCAACAUCUAUACUCGCAGAGUCUUGUCAGGAGAAUUUCAGAUUGUAAAUCCUCACUUACUGAAAGAUCUUACUGAGCGGGGCCUAUGGCAUGAAGAGAUGAAAAACCAGAUUAUUGCAUGCAAUGGCUCUAUUCAGAGCAUACCAGAAAUUCCUGAUGAUCUGAAGCAACUUUAUAAAACUGUGUGGGAAAUCUCUCAGAAAACCGUUCUCAAGAUGGCAGCUGAGAGAGGUGCUUUCAUUGAUCAAAGCCAAUCUUUGAAUAUCCACAUUGCUGAGCCUAACUAUGGCAAACUCACUAGUAUGCACUUCUACGGCUGGAAGCAGGGUUUGAAGACUGGGAUGUAUUAUUUAAGGACAAGACCAGCGGCUAAUCCAAUCCAGUUCACUCUAAAUAAGGAGAAGCUAAAAGAUAAGGAAAAGGUAUCAAAGGAGGAAGAAGAGAAGGAGAGGAACACAGCAGCCAUGGUGUGCUCUUUGGAGAAUAGAGAUGAAUGUCUGAUGUGUGGAUCCUGAGGAAAGGCUUGGAAGAGACCAGCAUGUCUUCAGUAGCCAAACUACUUCUUGAGCAUAGAUAGGUGUAGUGGAUUUUGCUUGAGGUGGUAAGGCUUUGCUGGACCCUGUUGCAGGCAAAAGGAAUAAUUGAUUUAAAGUACUGUUACGAUGAUAAUGAUUUUUUUUUUUAAACUCAUAUAUUGGAAUUUUCACCAAAAUGAUGCUUUUGAAAAAAAAAAACAUAUAUUGGGAAUCAAAGUAGAAGUUUUAGGAAUGCAAUAAGUCUUCUUGCAUACAGGGAGUGAUUAAGUAAAGUUUCAUCACCCCUUUAGCACUGAUUUUCUGAUGACUUCAGUUUUGUUAAGGAGAUUUAGUUUUACUGCUUUGACUGGUGGGUCUCUAGAAGCAAAACUGAGUGAUAACUCUUGAGAAGUACUGAUAGGACCUUUAUUUGGAUAUGGUCCUAUAGGUUAUUCUGAAAUAAAGCUAAACAUUUCUAAGUGA